AUGACUACGGUAUCGAAUUUGCAGUCCGAAAGCGAUUCUCAAGAAGUGCCUCCUUGCAAAGUGAACAUUAGUUCUCCCGUAAGGGAGGUUUCUCCCUUGUCCGAGGAUACCGGUAAGGUGUCUUAUUCCUCUUCAAGUUCUUCCAAAGACUUUAAGGGCCCCCGCUACAAGGGCCGUCUUCCGAUUUCAGAGGUUCCGGAACUUAUGACUCUUUGUGAGGAGUUUAUUGCCACAAAAAAUGUCACUGGCUUAGCAAUGAUUGCACGGCAAAGAGGUUUACCUCCCUCAUUGCGGUACAAGAUAUGGCCUGUUCUUCUCAGAUAUCAUCCUUACGUUCAGCAUCCUUAUAUCGAACCCGAUUUCGAUGAUGACGAUGAUGCGGAAGAAGAAGAGGAGAACGGCCAUAAGAAUAAUAACAAUGACACCGUGAACGAUCAUAAUGACGAACACAACACUGGCCAUAAUAAGAAAGAGGCCGAUACCGGCAAGUUAAAUAUUCCCUACAAGGAAAUCAAGUUUGACUUGAAGAAGUAUACUCGUUAUACAGAGCGAUACAAGCCUCAAAGCAUGACGCUGGAAUUACACGACCUGUUUGAUAUCCAAGAUAAAAUGUUCGAGGCUAUCGAGGGUGCUAUUGUAAGAUUCGUCAAGAAAUGGGGGUCCAUUGUUAAGUACAACUCUGGUCUUACCUGGAUCGCGAUGGGUUUGGCUGAAUGGAUUCCUCCCCUAGAGAAUUCUGAGUACGUUCUCUGUGGCAGAGAUGACAUUGCAAAAAAUGGUACCAAGCUUAGAAAUGUUAAUGAUAAUUAUUUUGAGCGCUUUGAUUCCUAUGAUUCGGAUAUUUCUUCCAACGCUUCCUUGACUGUCGACUCAACCCCUAGCAUUUCCGGAUCACCCCGUUCUGUUUCUAGUCUGGCCACUUCCAGCUUGACCUCGGACGACACUCGUACAUCCCAUUCCAGACAUUCUAAUGAUCCUUACCCUUUUAAGCCGAUGAAUUUUGCUGAAGUUUACGAAAGAAUGGUUCUUGUUAUUCUUCACACUCCGGAUCCUGCUGAAAAGGAUACGCAUCUUUCUCCUGUCACAACUACAGCAAGUAGUCAUACGAGCGACAGUACAUCACCUUCGGAUAUGAAGAGAAAGUUGGAUCAACUUCCAAAGUUUGGUGGUACAAUCGAGGAUAGGAUCUCCUUUUUCUUUUUUGGCUUAAGAAAACUUAUGCCUGAGUUGCACGGCUACCUUUCAGAUGAAGAUUCCCUCAAGGGAAACUGGAUCUUAUGGUGGUUGAAAUACUGUGGAUCCAAAGUCUGGUCCAGAUACGACAGAGGUAGAACGUGGGAUAUGCUUUUAGGAUUUCGUGUGAAUUGUCGCCACUUUGAGCGUGAUUUACCUGUAUUGCAUAAACUGACAGAUGAGCAGAUGCGCCUGUUAGGUCCAGAUUUAUUCUGGUACCCAGAGGUCGACGAUCUGUCCGUCAAUAAUGGUUAUGUGGAUGAUUCUAGUUUGAAGAAUCCUUUGGAUCACCACGGCAGAUCGUCUUCUAUACUGACGCUAUUGAACCAGGUGUCCGUUGGCUCAUCGGAGUUAACGCCAACCCUUGCCUCGUUAUGCAUUUCAGGCCUCGAAAAUGAGGACAUAGAUGCACUUCCUCAACUUCCUUUCUCGGUUAUCGAUCCGCACAUUCAAAUGAUUUUUGUUUCACUUGCAUUUUUGAAAUCUAAGGAAUUCACGAUUACAGAGUUGGAUCAGUCUGAGAUCAUUCAGCUUUUUAACCGUCUUUCUUCGUUGAAAACCUCGGAGAUAAGAUCAUUUGUAUCUGCUGACGGAAAUACGAUUGAUCAGCAUUACCACCCGAUUAAAAAAUCCAAUAGGGAUAUCGAGAAUAUCAUUCUGGAGGCCGGGGAACUAUGGCGAAAGUUCAUAUACAUGGAGAUGAUGGUGGAUAAUACAUAA